AUGACAUGGUCCAUACAGGAAGCAGGCUUGCACGUUCGAGAUCAAGACGAGCUGAUCCACUUUUGCGACGUGCCCUCGUACGCCGAAUUUCGUCAACGAUGCUUGAUACCCAAUCGACCAUGUAUUCUGCCUCGUGCGCUGGUAGCGCAUUGGGAUGUAAUACACUCCAACUGUUGGGCGAGCAAUGGUUCAUCGGCAUCGGAAACGCAGCAUGUCAACUGGGAGGCGUUAAAGUGGCACUACGGAACACAUGUCUCACCUGUGGUUGUGGCGCGUCUCGAUCGCACCUCUUGCAAGGUCCAAGAAGAUCGGUCAGAUAUGACGAUUUCCAACGCUGUUGAUCUGAUCCAAGCUUUUCGGCGUGGGGAUCUGGCAGAUGUGCGCUCGAUAUACAUCAAAGAUUGGCAUCUCAUCCGACAGCUGCGCUCGUCCACGUGCGGUCAGCCAGGUACGAAGGAGCCGUACGUCGUACCAGAAAUCUUCGCUGACGACUGGAUGAACAACGUGUCGACUCGCGAUUGUAGUGGUGGACAAGAUGCGCAGCAGGAUGACUUUCGAUUCGUCUACGCUGGAACGUGCGGUUCUCAAACACUGCUUCAUCGCGACGUGUACACAUCCUACUCUUGGUCGACCAAUGUAGUUGGGGUCAAGAAGUGGUUUUUGUUGCCACCGCACACGAUUCCAGCUCUACGUCGAUUUCCACGUGUUUCCACUUCGCCAUUGAUACCAGACAUCGAUACGCUCCUGUGCACCCUGAACGAGGCUGAUCGAAAAGACUACCCGCAUCUCGCAGACGCGCUUGCACACAUGCAGGUCAUCACGCAACAUGCGCACGAAACCAUCUUCAUCCCAUCCAACUGGUACCACCAAGUCCACAACCUCACCGACUGCAUCUCGAUCAACCGCAACUGGUGCAACUCGCACAACAUCGCUUCACUCUACCAUUCAAUUGUCCAAGAGCUACAGCAUGUCGAGCAGUCGCUCUGCGACGUAAGGGAGAUACUGGCCAACAAGCCUUGCAGCACUCACCACGAUUCCAAGCGCGAAUUCUAUGCUCUGGUACAAGACGUAGCCGUCAAAGAUGCCGGUUGGGCAUGGCACGCAUUUUGGCAAAUGCUUCUGCGCAAUCUGACCAGCCUACCAACCGAGCCUGCCCUGCGUCCGCACGUGGCUUGGAUGAGCCAACAACUGCUGCCGCUCACGCACGAUUUCGAGCACAGAGAGGAUGCGAGGUGGUUGGACCCUGUUAUACGAACGACAGCACAAACAUGCAAGUCACUCUUAGAUGCCAUGGUGGAACAAUGCCAGUUCCUCGAGGCACAACAGAGGACAGAGAAACAUGCGGGCGAUCAGGAAGAGCACGAAGGCAAAUUACCCGUCAACGGUUGA